AUGAAUGUGUGCCAAACAAUGGAAACAGAGGAGGAUCUCCUGACUUGUCUCAGCAUCAGGUUGUAUCACCCACAACAGCAUCGCAAAGGCCUUUUCAGUCUGCUUCCGCUGGGCAAUAGAAGCAAACAUCCAGCGGAUGAAUCUCUACGCUUUGGACGGGAUGCCCAGUCUUGCACCUUUGCCCUGGUUGACUCCCGGGUGUCACGCAAGCAGUUUGCCCUGCAAGCUUAUCGAAUACCGGAGACUUCGGAGAUGCAGUUCAUCCUGCAAAACCUGUCUCAGACGGUCAAAGUGACCGUUAACGGUUCAACGCUGGACUUCUUAGAGAAGACCGAUCUGCCAAGGAAGGCCCUGGUCCGGUUCACUGAAUACGAGAUGCUGAUUGUCAGAGAGGAAGGAGAGGCCAAGCAGAGCUUUGAGGUGGAGCUGGAGAUACUGUCCGUUCCUCCUUCUAGGGAGACUGGCCCCUGCGAGCACUGUGCUAUGCCCAUCAUGGACACCGGCAGACCCCCCUUGUCCGAACUAAGGGUCCCGUCUGAGACUGACGAAACAUUGUUCCUCACUUGA